AGUCAAUAAUCAGAUGUUUGUGGGUGCUGGAGAAGAGGAGAUCAGUAACUCAUUGAAAGGCUAUGUUCUCUUGCAGUGCACUAGAGAUCUUAGUAAGGAGGGAUACACGCAAUGCUUGCAGAGAGGGGUGAGCCAGGUGUCCAGGGAAUGCAACAAAACCAAUGGGUGGCGCUAUCUCUCAGGUAGUUGUACCUUGAGGUUUGAGGUCAAUCCUUUCUUUGAUACUGCCUUGAUAUCGACUUUAUCCCCCCCAGUGUCUCCUAAACCAAACAAUGGUGGCGAAGGAAAGAAGAAGUCAAAAACUGUUAAUAUUGCUGCCAUUGCUGCCCCUGUUUCGGGACUCAUCCUUUUGGGUUCUUGUAUCCUCUAUAUAUGGUGGAGGUUGAGGCGCAGAAAUGAAAGAAGAAGAAAGCAAUUUGAAGAUUACAGGCCAGUCACUAGUAAUGAUUUGCCAUUCAUGGAUCUUGCUACAAUACAAGCAGCAACUGGUAACUUUGCUGUUGAAAAUAAGCUUGGAGAAGGGGGAUUCGGUUCUGUUUAUAAAGGUGUUCUGAAUAAUGGAACAGAGAUUGCAGUUAAGAGGCUUUCAGCAAAAUCUAAGCAAGGUGCCAUUGAAUUUGAAAAUGAGGUGAAGUUGAUUGCCAAACUCCAGCAUAGAAAUCUUGUGAAAAUGCUUGGUUGGUGUGCUGAAAGAGAAGAAAAGCUUCUCAUCUAUGAAUAUCUGCCAAACAAGAGCCUUGAUGCUCUUCUUUUUGAUUCAGAAAAGCGAGUUCAACUGGAUUGGAAUAGACGGCUUCAAAUCAUCGGAGGAAUUGCGAGAGGCCUUCUCUAUCUUCAUGAAGACUCACUGCUCAAAGUCAUCCACAGGGACCUCAAAGCCAGUAAUGUUUUACUAGACAACAAAAUGACACCCAAGAUAUCAGACUUUGGCAUGGCUAGGAUUUUCGGAGGAGAUGAAAGUGAAGCUAAUACAAACAGAGUCGUUGGAACUUAUGGAUACAUGGCUCCAGAGUUUGCAAUGGGAGGCUUAUUCUCUGCGAAGUCUGAUGUUUAUAGCUUUGGGGUUCUCGUACUUGAAAUAGUAACUGGACAAAGGAAUGGAAGAGAACACUUUGAAGAACAUGACCAGACUCUUAUCAGAAAUAUAUGGCAUUUGUGGGUUGAAGGAAGAGCAGUGGAGUUGAUGGAUCCUUUGCUUGAAGGUUCAUAUCCAAUUAAUGAAGCAAUGAAGUGCAUCAAAAUAGGUUUGUUGUGUGUGCAGGAAAAUACAGAAGUGAGACCUACAAUGUCUCUUGUUGUUCAUAUGCUGAGGAGUGUUGAUGAAACAGUGUUUCCAGAGCCCAGCCAGCCUCCAACUUUUAUGAGACAGAGAAGUUCUGUGUCAAAUGGAUCAUCCUCAAGCAUUGGGUCUCAGGCAACCCUCGUUCAUUCUAUCAAUGAUGUUACCAAUUCUGAAGUCCAGGCUAGAUAGUUUGAUAGUGUAAUAAUGUACUUGAUUAUUUAAUCAUGCAAGCAAUUAGAUCCUUGAUCAGAUGUUUGACUGGAGCAACAUAUCAAGAACCAUGAGUUAUAUGUAGAUUGGCGAAGAUGGUUGCCUUGCUUUUGACUUUCA